AUGCCUUCCACAAAUUUAAGUCUCUCAGUUGGUAGCAUUAUGGAACAUAGUAGUAAUGAUUUGCAUUAUGAAUGUAUGAUUCCUUGUCAAGUUACUUCUGACUUAAAUAAAGAGAAGACAAUAGCAUUUCUUCUAAAAGAAUUGGAUAUUCUGAGAACAAGCAAUAAAAAGCUACAAGAAAAACUGAGUAAAGAAGAUUAUGAACAGAGAAAACUAAAGCUUAAGCUGGAACUCCAAGAGAAGGCCACAGAAGCUAAAAUUGCUGAAAAGACAGCAGCUCUGGUUGAAGAAGUGUAUUUUGCGCAGAGGGAACGUGAUGAAGCUAUUAUGUUUAGACUGCAGUUAGCCAUUGCGGAGAGAGAUGAAGCAAUUGCACGAGCCAAGCAUAUGGAAAUGUCUCUAAAAACGCUAGAAAAUAUUAACCCUGAAGAAAAUGACAUGACAUUACAGGAAUUACUGAACAGAAUAAACAAUGCAGACACAGGGAUAGCUAUUCAGAAGAAUGGAGCUAUAAUUGUGGAUAGAAUCUACAAGACCAAGGAAUGUAAAAAAAGAAUAACUGCAGAAGAAAUGAAUUCAGUGAUAGAAGAACGGGAUGCUGCUUUGUCUCAGUGCAAACGGCUAGAGCAGGAGCUUCAUCAUCUGAAAGAGCAGAACCAGACUUCAGCAAACAACAUGAGACAUCUGACUGCUGAAAACAAUCAAGAACGUGCUCUGAAG